UAUGAAGAAAUUUGCCUACGAAUUCUUUUGUGGCACAAGAGCAUACUGUCCACCAGAGGUCAAUGUGAAGGGCAGGUACCAUGCAAAACCGAUGACGGUGUGGUCAUUGGGUGUCCUACUGUUUAAAAUGGUGUGCGGAUAUUAUCCCACAGACCUCGACCUGCACUUGAUCAGUGAGAAAAACUGGACCAGACCUGAGCUGUCAAGAGAAUGCUGCCAGAUGAUUUGCGCUUGUCUGGAGCCUGAGCCACAGCAGAGACUCAAUCUGGAGAAGAUGCGUCUCCAUGACUGGUUUAAGGUCCUGGAGUAAGACCACAAGAACAUCAGAAGACAACUCCUGUCACAACCUUAUUGACAAUUUUACAACAAAUCAUUAUUUUUAUAUGUGCACAAUAAGAAAAUCUAUUAGAAAUUAUAUUCAAUAAGAAAA